AUGGACCUAAACGACCAUCUCGAUAUCCUUGGGCAACAACCGGGACUAAAUGUAUACACACAAAUAUGCUCCUGUUACGCAGUACCCGAUGCCUCUUCAUACUCGGCGAUAGUCAAAAUCCUAGAAAAUGGACUCUCGAGACUAUCAAAUGGCUUUCCAUGGAUCGCAGGCCAAGUCGUUAAUGAAGGCGCCAGCAAAGGAAACACAGGAAUAUUCAAAUUCGCACCACUAGAGAAGACACCUCAUCUAGUGGUGAAAGACCUCCGAGAUGACCCUUCAGCACCAACGAUGGAUAGCCUUCGAGAGGCCCAUUUUCCUUUCCGUAUGUUGGACGAAAGUAUCAUUGCACCAAGAAAUACAAUUCCUGGAAAUGGUGGAGCAGAUCUAUCGGAUUCUCCGGUAUUGAUAGUACAGGUUACUUUCAUCGUUGGUGGUUUGAUUCUCACUUUCCUCGGACAACACCAGACGAUGGACGGGACUGGUCAGGGAGAAGUUAUUCGCUUGUUUUCGAAGGCUUGUCUUGGAGAGUCUUUUAGCAGCGAAGAAUUAUCAACUGGAAAUAUGCCGCGAGCGAAUAUUACCCCUUUGCUCAAUGAUGAGUACAAGCCAGGGUCCGAAAUUGAACAGUUUCUGACGAAACCAAGUCCAGCCGCAGAUGCACCACCUCCGAAAUGCAGUUGGACAUACUUCUCUUUUGAAGAUGCAGCACUCAAGGCUAUCAAAUCGCUCGCUACAGCGAGUCUCACCUCAGGAUUCGUCUCGACGGACGAUGCACUCAGCGCUUUCAUUUGGAAAUCCGUCGCUCGCGCUCGUCUGCAUAGACUCGAUCCCUCAGCAAUAUCGACAUUCGCUCGCGCUGUGAAUGUACGGAGCCAUCUGGGUAUACCUCAAUCAUAUCCGGGACUCCUCCAAAGUAUGGUAAACUCUACCUAUACAGCUCAAGAACUCGUCAACGACACAUUAGGAAGUGUAGCUUCUAGACUCCGCUCUGCCUUAGAUCCAAAAACAUCAGACCUAGCAUACAAAACCCGUGCUCUGGCGACAUUCCUCAACCGAAGUCCAGAUAAAAAUAUUGUCUCUUUCACAGCGAUGGCUGACCCGUCGACAGGCAUUAUGCUUAGCUCUUGGGCGAAGUUGGAUAGCUAUGAUUUGGACUUUAAUUUGGGAUUGGGACCACCGGAAUCGGCGAGAAGGUCGCAUUUCUUCCCCGUGGAGAGUUUGAUGUAUCUGUUGCCUAGAAGGGCGGAUGGCGAGAUUUCGGUUGGGAUGUGUUUGAGGGAUGACGAUAUGGUGAGGUUGAAGAAUGAUGAGAUGUUUACGAAGUAUGGAAAAAUUAUUGAGUAGACCAAUUCUAGAGGUUGUAAGAGAAAGAGAUAACGGCAUCAAAGUCAAGACAGGUUUCACUCCAUAACUGGUACGCUUGAAAUUGCGAAUAGGUAGAAGUGUGCAUGGAUGGCCGAGGAGAAUUACAAGCUCAUGUUUAUAUCACGUGUCGUGCAAUGAUUAGGUAGUGCGCAAUCUCAUUUGAUUGGUGGUUCUUUUGCUUUUUUAUUUCUUUCUCGCUUGUAGAAAAUCGAUCGUAAUUUCAACAUUCCAGUUGACUCAGAUUAGUCAACAUUGAACACGUCCCCAAAUCGCGUCUCGUUAGAAAAGGUACGGUAGCAAACACCUCCCAACUAACACUAUUUGCGACUAGAAUGGAGAAGAAUAAGUCCGAAAAGAAAAAGACCCCGCAAGAUCCCUCCAAGGCAAUAAAUCGCAGAAAGAGGAUAAAUCAGGAACGCGUCAUUGCCGAGGAGAAAUACCGCCGCGACAAGGAAAUUUGAAGCACCCGCAUAUUUCCAGACUGGUUCUGGCGUAUCUUCAAACUUCCUGGCUUUAACGGACUUGUUAACCCAGAUGCCUAUGAUGAAGAUAGUUCGGAGCUUGACGAGCCCUUACCAGAACCGAAACUAGAUGACGAAGAGGAAGAGGAAGAGGAAGAAAACAUCGACGACCACGAGUAUCAUUAUGAGCAAAAAUCAGAUUGGGGAAAUGACUCCAAGGCUGCACACUACGUUUCUAUGCAACGCGCACGCCAUGAUCGAAAACGAGAACUCCGACGAGAACGUAUUGAGCGGCAAGAUAUGGCAGCUCGCUGUAUCAGGAACGAGAAAGAGAAGGAAACCGUGGUACGAACCGCUUAUGCUGGAUGUAAGAAAGCCCGCAGGAUUGCGCAGAGAGAAAGGAGGAUUGUGGUGUUAGAUUCGAUCGAGGGCCGAAAGUUUGCGCUGUUCUCUUCGUGUCAUGCUGAAAUAUGGAGUUCAAACAUUUGGGAUCGGGGCCCGAAUUGGGUCUCGUUUAGCUCUGUAGAUACGUCGAAGACUCUACUAGCCCGACGAAGGACUAAUGGGAAUGUAAAAUACGAAAAGGGCCCACUGGUUCAAAGCCGUAUUCAACUAGGUCGGAACCUGUAUCACGUCAGCACCUUUCCUCUUCCCAGUCGCGCGAGCACCAAGAUUGUCAAGGCUAAGUGUGGUAAAUCCAACGUACAAUUUGAGUUCUUUGUGAAUGGAUACAUCAAAAUGAGGAUUCCUCGGGAGAUCAUAUUGGAGAGUCUAGAUAAGAAGCCAAAUUUGCCUGUAGAUCUUGAGUUUUCUGGCAUCAGGUGUCUGAAGACGGUAGAGGAAGUAGUGGCUCAAAUGCGUCCUUCAUCGCCCCGAGAAUCAUUCUUUGAUAGAGCUCACUUUAUGGGUUCGUGGGGUGGAUUUUAA